GUAAUGAUUUGUGGCGGGUGUGAGCCAUGAACACCCUGGAAGUCCAUCCCAGAGGGGUCAUAAAGGCCAACUGGUGGCAGAUCAAGUUGUCUUAGAAAUGGCAUACGGUCUGAGACGCUGCAUUCACAUCACAACAUCACAACAUCACAACAUCACGCCCAGCUGAUUUCCAACAGUAUAACCUAGUACAAAGAUGAGCAUCACAGUUACAGAAGCACCUGCCUCUACCCAGGAUGCCACCGCGAAGCUUCUUCAAGCCGCCGAGGAGCAGCACACCAAGCCUUUAUGGGCCCAAAUGACCCGGCUGAACCCUCCGCUGCCGAAUCCUCAGUGUGUCCCGCACGUUUGGGAGUUCGACAAGAUCCGCCCUGAACUACUCAAGGCAGGAGAACUUAUUACGGAGAAGCAGGCUGAGAGGAGGGUGCUCAUGCUGGUGAAUCCUGCGCGAGAUGCCCCUUACACCACCGACACCAUUUAUGGCGGUCUUCAGCUGGUAAUGCCCAACGAGACAGCACCCGCCCACAGACACACCGCCUUUGCCUGCCGGUUCAUCAUUGAGGGUACUGGUGGCUUCACGGCUGUUCACGGCCGCCGCGUACGCAUGCAGCGUGGCGAUGUCAUCCUAACACCCACUUGGAACUGGCAUGACCAUGGCAAAGACGGGUCAGGGCCCAUGAUAUGGCUCGACGGCCUGGAUCUCCCCAACUUCGUCCACUUCCCCGUUCACUUCGUCGAGCACUUUGCGCAGCCUCGUUACCCAGCCGAGGACGUCGACUCGAACAAUUCACCCAUCGUCUUCCCCUGGGCCAAGAUGAAGGCUGACCUGGAUGCCAAAGAGGGCGGUGUGGCUACCAUCCCCUACCUCAGGCCGAAUGGGGCUGAAAUCAGCUUGAUCCUUGGUGUCAGCGCCACCAGGAUUGCAGCCGGCUUUGCAUCUGAGCCGAUCCAGGAAACUGCGUCUUCCAUGUUUCACGUCAUUGAGGGAUCAGGAUAUUCCAUGAUUGGCGGCAAGAAGUUUGCCUGGAAGAAGGGCGACACUUUCUGUGUCCCUGCAUGGCACAAAUACUCUCACCACGCCGAUGGCACGGAGACGACCUAUCUAUAUCGCUGCCAUGACAUGCCAAUGCUCAAGUCAUUGGGCUUUUAUAGGGUCAAUGGUGUGGAUGUGGAGACUUUGGUGUCUGAGUAGACAGCACACGUGCUUGCACUUGCCAGUAAACUUGUC